AUGGCAGGUCACAAGCGCGCUAGAGAGGUCAUCCUGGGCCACUCGCAAGCCCACAAGGCGCCAGAGGGCGGGGCUCUCCCUGCUUUGGCAGCCAUGGAGCCGUCUUUGGAGGAGCUGGAGCUGCAGCACGUGCUGGACCGCAACAGAAACGAGCUCAAGCAGGUGGCCGCCAAGGCUGGGCGCGGCUGGCUGGCUCCCACAGCAACGACGGAGCAGGGCACCGAGCAGCUCUACUCUGCGUUAGAACGGGAGGUGCAGUCGGAUGCGUUCACAGAAGCCCUGGCGCGGUCGCAGCACGAGCUGCAGCAGCACCCGCCGGUGCCCACGGCAGACGCGGCGCAGGGCGGCUGCGAGGUGCUGGCUCAGGACUGGUGGGAGCUCAAAGAGGAUGGCGAGCUGCGGGUGAGCGAGCAGACGGGCGACUACGUGUUGGUGGAGCGGGACGAUGUGGUGCGUGCGCUCAGCGCCUUCAUUGCCGAGUACAUAGUGAGCCUGCCCGAUGCCAAGAACAUGGAGCCGUGGCAGCUGCAGCGCGCCGUGGGACUGACCAUGGCUGAGCUGCGCAAGGGGCGGGUGCGGCGGCUGGUGGACUGGGCCAAGUCGCUCUACCGCCUGGGGGCGCUGGGCUACGGCGCGUUCAGCUGCUUCAGCAACCCGUGGGUGGCCAAGGCGGUGCUGGCAGCGCUGUGGAGCUGCCUGCGGCUCAUGGGCCGGCUGGUGCUGUAG